AUGCAUGGAACAACGGAGGUAUGGUGGGGCUGGCAGCAACAGGUGUAUCGGGCGCUGGCUGUGUGUUGCGUCAACUGCCACAGUAUCAGCGUAUUUCAAGCAGCGUAUUUCAACUGCACCGACCGCUUUGCGAAAUCGUCUGUUAUGCAAGCCGCGCCGCUGCCAACUCGCGGCCGAUCGCACACCGCAGUCGCCGGAAGGAAAAGUGGAACGCCAGGCAGUGGUACGAACGCCCGCGUCGGCUCUACACGCGCGGACUGCCGUGAAGUGUCUCAGUGUAGUGUCAGUGUCGCUUAG